AGGAAGUCGUGAACGCCAUUUUCAACCUUUUCAAGUCUGAGAUUUCCAUAGUUUCGUCCUUAAAUUAGCAACUAUUGUAGAGUUCAUGUACCCUGUUGGGCAGCGUAAGUAUUCGUCAAGAGUCCCACUCCAUUAAAGUACAAGUAGCCUUAGACCAUAGUGAGGAAAAAGUGAAGAAUGUUUUGUUAGUAGGGCAGUGACACAACGGAACUAAGGCUUGACGUGACCUUGUUUGUGUGUGAUAUAUCAGACUGGCUGCUGCACCUGACCAAUGCAGCCACGACGAAUCAUGGCAGCACCUGGUCCUCCUGGCCCCCCCGGCCCUCCUACAGGCCCGGGGGGACCCCCAGGACCAGCUGGCCCCCCGGUGCCCCGCCCCCUGACGCUACCCCCUGGACCUACUCCUGCGCCCGGACCAAUUACUACAAUUGUGCCACAAGCUGCUGGCACACCUGCAGUGGCCACUGGAACUGGUAUUAGUGCACUGCUACCACCAGAGCUACCAACAUUUGUUGCACCAAGGCGACCUAAUCUUGGCCGUGAAGGCCGGCCAAUCACCUUACGGGCUAACCAUUUCCAAAUAUCUAUGCCCCGGGGCUACAUCCAUCAUUAUGAUGUUAGUAUCCAGCCUGAUAAAUGCCCCCGGAAAGUCAACAGAGAGAUUAUUGAGACUAUGGUCCAUGCCUUCCCCAGAAUCUUUAGCAGCUUAAAACCUGUCUUUGAUGGAAGAAGUAAUUUAUAUACAAGAGAUCCAUUACCCAUUGGUAAUGAGAAGAUGGAGUUGGAGGUAACUUUGCCUGGGGAGGGACGAGACAGGGUCUUUAAAGUAGCAAUGAAAUGGCUAGCACAAGUAAAUCUCUACACAUUAGAAGAAGCCCUUGAAGGGCGGACACGGACAAUACCCUAUGAUGCUAUUCAGGCCUUAGAUGUAGUCAUGCGCCAUCUACCGUCUAUGACAUACACCCCUGUGGGCAGGUCAUUUUUCUCUGCCCCAGAUGGUUAUUACCACCCUCUAGGUGGUGGUCGUGAGGUGUGGUUUGGCUUUCAUCAAAGUGUACGGCCGUCCCAGUGGAAGAUGAUGCUCAAUAUUGAUGUUUCUGCAACUGCAUUUUAUAAAGCACAAGCAGUGAUAGAAUUUAUGUGUGAAGUUUUGGAUAUACGGGAAAUUGGCGAACAGCGGAAACCUCUCACAGACUCGCAGCGUGUCAAGUUCACAAAGGAAAUUAAGGGAUUAAAGAUAGAGAUUACUCAUUGUGGUGCAAUGCGAAGAAAAUACCGUGUAUGUAAUGUUACCAGAAGACCUGCUCAAAUGCAAUCGUUUCCACUACAGCUUGAGAAUGGCCAGACUGUAGAAUGCACAGUUGCCAAAUAUUUCCUUGACAAAUACAAAAUGAAACUCAGGUUCCCACAUCUACCUUGCCUACAGGUGGGUCAAGAACACAAGCAUACAUACCUUCCUUUGGAGGUGUGUAACAUUGUUCCUGGCCAGCGGUGCAUCAAGAAGCUUACUGAUAUGCAAACCUCCACCAUGAUCAAAGCUACAGCAAGAUCUGCCCCAGACAGAGAGAGAGAGAUUAACAACUUGGUUAGAAAAGCCGAUUUUAACAACGAUCCUUACAUGCAAGAAUUUGGCCUAACGAUCAGUACAGCUAUGAUGGAGGUCCGGGGACGAGUACUGCCGCCUCCAAAGCUACAGUAUGGGGGAAGAACAAAGCAACAGGCUUUACCAAACCAAGGAGUUUGGGAUAUGAGAGGGAAGCAGUUCUUCACUGGUGUGGAAGUGCGUGUAUGGGCGGUAGCAUGCUUUGCCCCACAAAGGACAGUAAGAGAAGAUGCAUUACGGAACUUCACUCAACAAUUACAGAAGAUCAGUAAUGAUGCUGGUAUGCCCAUUAUUGGUCAGCCAUGUUUUUGCAAGUAUGCCAAUGGACCUGACCAGGUAGAGCCAAUGUUUCGGUAUCUUAAGAGUACCUUCACUGGCCUUCAGCUAGUAUGUGUAGUACUGCCUGGGAAGACUCCAGUCUAUGCGGAAGUGAAGCGAGUAGGUGACACUGUAUUGGGCAUGGCAACUCAGUGUGUGCAAGCCAAGAAUGUUAACAAGACCUCACCUCAGACGUUAUCCAAUCUUUGCCUCAAAAUCAAUGUCAAGUUGGGAGGCAUCAACUCUAUUCUAGUCCCAGGCAUCAGACCUAAGGUGUUCAACGAGCCUGUAAUCUUCCUGGGUGCUGAUGUAACUCAUCCACCAGCGGGUGAUAAUAAGAAACCGUCCAUUGCAGCUGUAGUAGGUUCUAUGGAUGCUCAUCCUUCAAGAUAUGCAGCAACAGUUCGGGUCCAGCAACACAGACAGAAUGGAUCAACAACACAAGGCCAAAGUGCCAGUGAUGGCUCGCGACCCAGACAACUGACAUUCGCGAGGACAGCACAUGACGAGGUGAUUCAAGAGUUGUCUUCUAUGGUGAAGGAGCUGCUCAUACAGUUUUACAAGUCUACGCGAUUUAAGCCUAAUCGAAUCAUCCUGUAUCGUGAUGGUGUGAGUGAGGGGCAGUUCCAGACAGUCUUGCAGCAUGAAUUGACUGCCAUGAGAGAGGCUUGUAUCAAGCUGGAAGCAGACUACAAACCCGGUAUCACUUACAUUGCUGUGCAGAAACGACAUCAUACCAGAUUGUUCUGCUCGGACAAGAAGGAGCAGAGUGGGAAAAGUGGCAACAUUCCUGCAGGAACCACAGUUGAUGUUGGCAUCACACACCCAACGGAAUUUGACUUUUAUCUAUGUUCACACCAAGGCAUUCAGGGCACUAGUCGUCCCAGUCACUACCAUGUACUAUGGGAUGAUAAUCAUUUUGAUAGUGAUGAACUGCAGUGCCUGACCUACCAGCUGUGCCAUACAUAUGUUCGGUGUACCCGGUCAGUCUCUAUACCUGCUCCAGCUUAUUAUGCCCACUUGGUAGCCUUCAGGGCACGUUAUCAUCUCGUCGAGAAAGAGCAUGACAGUGGAGAGGGGUCUCACCAGUCGGGUAAUAGUGAGGACCGCACUCCGUCAGCAAUGGCUCGAGCAGUGACAGUGCAUGUGGACACCAACAGAGUCAUGUACUUUGCUUAACUGCUCACUACACCUAGUCUGGCUCAAGGUUCACAACACCCAUUUGCAUGAUGAAGUCUCCUGGCCUCAUCUGCAGACCUACUCGUCGAUGGAUCCUCUUCAUUGUGGUCAAUUUUGUACUAAUAAUUUAAUGGGUUUGUUUAAUUUUGAUCUUUCACAGUUGAAAAAAUUUUCAUGACUUAACAAAGUCUUGCAAAGUGGUUUUGUUAGAAAUCUCAUUUCUUUGACAAUGAAAGUUUGUGUCUACUGUUUUUACUCUUUAAAAAGUAGUCAUGCACAGUACUUGAAUGACCACAUUUAUAAUGAGCUGGUCUGAUCCAGUAAUGCUGAAUUACUUUUUGUCCCCAGUUUAGGUAUGGGUCAAAGUAAGUUGGCGGCAUUCCUUCAAGAUUUAGAAGAUGGCGGAAGUUGUAGAUAAGGUGUUGAACAUUACAGUUUGUAUCUGAUAACUGGGACAGGUUUUAAUCCUACUCUACAAUUAGAGGUUACCAUUUUCUUUUGUAAAUUUUUUUUAAAGUUACACGUUGGAUUUUUGUAUUGUAGGAAUCUUGUACCUGGAGGAAGCGGUGUAAAGGCUAUUAGGAUGUACCUGCUGAUGUACCUCAUGCCAACAAUCAUGAUGGCUUACAUAGUACAUGUUAAGUCAUUAAAGACUACUUCCCUGACAGCAGCAUUAAGUCUGUAUUUUCAUUAUUUUAAUUGAAACUGAAUGGAAAUACAGCAUGAAUCCAUAUUUUGUAUCAAUGCACUUAUCAGGUGCACCAUCCCAUUCAAGUAAGCUACACUAUAAGUGACUCUUACACUUUGAUCAGCAACAACAAAGCUUCCAUAUGUGUACUGUUGACACCUUUUUUUUU